GUACCCUCCCACCAUGGCGCUGCGUUGGGGCAUCGUGUCAGCCGGCCUCAUAGCCAGCGAUUUCACCACUGUGCUGGGCACGCUUCCUCGCUCCGACCACCAGGUGGUGGCAGUGGCCGCGCGCGAUCUGAGCCGGGCAAAGGAGUUUGCCAGAAAACACGACAUCCCCAAAGCCUAUGGCUCCUAUGCGGAACUGGCCAAGGACCCCAACGUGGAGGUAGUCUAUGUUGGUACUCAGCACCCCCAGCACAAGGAUACCGUGCUACUUUGCCUGGCAGCCGGCAAGGCUGUCCUGUGUGAGAAGCCCAUGGGUGUGACUGCUGCAGAAGUCCGGGAGAUGGUUGCCGAGGCUCGAUCCCGAGGCCUCUUCCUUAUGGAGGCCAUUUGGACCCGAUUCUUUCCUGCUGUGGAUGCUCUGAAGUCUGCUUUGGCCCAGGGAAUUGUGGGAGACCUUCGAGUGGCUCGGGCAGAAUUCGGGUUUAAUCUAACCCAUGUACCUCGGGCCAUAGAUGCAGCCCAGGCUGGUGGCAGCCUGCUGGACCUGGGUAUCUACUGUGUCCAGUUUAUCUCCAUGGUCUUCAAUGGGCAGAGGCCUGAGAAGAUUUCAGCUGUGGGACGGUUGUAUGAGACAGGUGUGGAUGACACUGUCAGUGUGCUGCUUCAGUACCCAGGAGGGGUCCACGCUAGCUUCACCUGUAGCAUCACUGCUGAGCUCUCCAACACAGCGUCCGUGAGCGGGACCAAGGGCAUGGCUCAGAUUCAGAAAAGCUGGUGCCCAACAGAGCUGGUGUUGAAUGGUGUGCGUAAGGAGUUCCCCCUGCCAGAAGUCCCAAACAAGGUGUACAACUUUAUAAAUGGGACAGGCAUGACUUAUGAGGCCGAACAUAUCCGAGAGUGUCUGCGCAAGGGUCUGAAGGAAAGUCCUGUGAUUCCUCUAGCAGAAAGUGAGCUGCUGGCUGACAUCCUUGAAGAGGUGAGAAAGGCCAUUGGAAUCACUUUCCCCCAAGACAAAUACUGAGACGUGCCCUCCAUAAAUAAAAACAUGGUUUCUGUAGA